CGCCCCCGAGCGUGGGCGCUCAUCCGAGCUUGGGGCCCGGGGUCGGCCGGCCGGGCGGGAGUCUCGCAGUCGCGGAGGCCUCGGACGUGCAGCCAGUGACGGGACGGACGGGGCUCGCCCCGGGAAGGAGCGUUCGAGCCGAUUCCCGAAGACCUCGCAGCCCGUGCCGUGUUCUCGGUGAAAACGUGUUCGAAUUGCGUUUUAGCAGCUUGGCGAAGAGUGCGGGGCCGAAAGGCCAGGUGUGGGUUGGCUCCCCGGUGGUCUCGCCCGUGUCGGCAGCGUACAAGAUAGCCACGGAGCGUCCAUUGAUCAGCUUUAGUCAAGAUUGUCGAUGGAGGGCUCUUUUUGUUUAACGUGGAAAGAUAAUUAAAAGUGACCUUUCGUUGGUCAUUUUGAAAAUUUCGACAGGGGAGAUCCUUAGAAGGGAAAGUAUGGGAACAAAAGCAUUUGACGCGAGUUCUCGCCAUUGAAACUUAGAACCACUCCUGGAUGUCCUUCCGCGCGUUCUCUAGGAGUGAUUCCAGAUGAUGACUUUGACCAGUUUGAUAAGCCUGGUGCAGAACGGUCAUGGAGAAGAAGAGCUGCAGAUGAAGACUGGGACAGUGAACUUGAAGAUGACUUACUUGGAGAAGAUUUACUAUCUGGCAAAAAGAAUCAGUCAGAUUUGUCAGAUGAAGAGCUAAAUGAUGACCUUUUACAGAGUGAUAAUGAAGAUGAAGAAAAUUUCAGUUCUCAGGAUGUCACAAUCAGUCUCAAUACCACAUCUGGUAUGGUUACAUCAUUUGAACUUUCUGACAACACUAAUGACCAAUCUGGAGAGCAGGAAUCCGAGUAUGAACAAGGAGAGGAUGAGCUAACUUACCACAAAUCUGAUGGUCCGGAAUUAUAUACUCAGGAGUACCCAGAGGAAGGACAGUAUGAAGGCCAUGAUACAGAGUUGACAGAAGACCAAAUAGAGUAUGGGGAAGAGCCGGAGGAGGAACAGCUAUACAGUGAUGAAGUGUUGGACAUCGAAAUCAAUGAACCUUUAGAUGAAUUUACAGAUGAAGAAUACUUGCAGGCUUAUGGUGGGCAACAAGGGCUGCAAGAGCAGGAAGACUGUGUUGCUGAAGAUGGAUUAGAUGAGAUUACUGGUUCCUAUGUUGCUCCUGAGACCGAAGAGGGAGGUAUCGAAACUUUGGAACUCCAGAAGGACAUAAAAGAAGAAUCAGAUGAAGAAGAUGACGAGGAUGAAGAAUCUGGACGAUUACGUUUCAAAACUGAAAGGAAAGAAGGAACAAUUAUUAGGCUCUCAGAUGUAACUAGAGAGAGAAGGAACAUUCCAGAAACUUUGGAACUUUCAGCAGAAGCCAAAGCUGCAUUGCUUGAAUUUGAAGAAAGAGAGCGACAGCACAAGCAAGGACGCUACGGAUCCCGGCGAGGAGGCAGGAGAGGUGGCUCUCUGAUGUGUCGUGGCAUGGGAGACCAGAGAAGAGAGAGCAGUGAGAGGGGGAGGAUGAAAGAUCACAGGCCUGCCCUGCUUCCUACGCAACCUCCAGGCAUGACUCACUCUCCGAGAUUGAUCCCCCCUCCACAGCCACAGCCACCCCCUCCACCUCCACCACAGCAGCAGCAGCCCAUCAGGAGCCUGUUCCAGCAGCAACAGCACCCUCAGCCUCUGCUCCCACUGCAGCACCCGCAUCAUCCAUCCCCCCCUCAGGGCGUGCACAUGCCCCCGCAGAUGGAGGCCCCCCGAGUGAUGCUGACACCACCUCCUGUGACUCCGCAGCAGCCCAAGAACAUCCACAUCAACCCACACUUCAAGGGCACGGUAGUGACCCCUGUUCAAGUGCCCUUGCUGCCAGUUCCGAGCCAGCCGAGGCCCGCCGUGGGACCCCAGAGAUUCCCAGGUCCUCCGGAGUUUCCACAGCAUACACCUGGACCUGUUCCCAACAAUUUUAGCCAGCCCCCACGACUUCCUCUCCAGGACCAGUGGAGAGCCCCGCCCCCGCCGCAGGAUCGAGACCCAUUCUUCCUGGGAGUUUCAGGUGAACCAAGGUUUCCCAGUCACCUGUUCCUGGAACAGCGCAGCCCUCCUCCACCCCCACCACCUCCUACGCUUCUGAACAGCAGUCAUCCCGUUCCUGCACAGAGUCCUUUAACAUUCACGCAGCCAGGACCAGCAUUUAAUCAGCAAGGACAGCAGCCGGUGUUCCCGAGAGAGAGGCCCGUGCGACCAGCCCUGCAGCCCCCAGGGCCAGUGGGGAUCCUGCACUUCAGCCAGCCAGGGUCCGCCACAACCCGGCCCUUCAUUCCUCCUAGACAGCCGUUCCUGCCCGGCCCAGGCCAGCCCUUCCUGCCCACACAUGCACAGCCCAACCUGCAGGGGCCCCUGCACCCUCCACUGCCCCCUCCUCAUCAGCCGCAGCCCCAGCCACAGCAGCAGCCACAGCCCCAUCAGCACCCGCCGCAGCACCAUCAGCAUCAACCCCCACACCAGGCCCCACUGCAGCCCCCGCACCAGCCUCCUCCUCAGCACCAGCCCCCUCCCCAGCACCAGCCUCCUCCCCAGCACCAGCAUCACCACCACCUCUCUGCGCCACCCCCUCCUCUGAUGCCUCUGUCUCAGCCACAGUUCCGGCCACAUGUGCAGACGGCGCAGCCGCAACCCAGCAGCAGUCGGGUGCAGUGCCCCCCACGCCAGGGCCUGCGGCAUAAUGCAGCAUCUCAGAAUGUAACCAAACGUCCCAUGCAGCAGAUGCAGCCCACAGCUCCCAGGAAUAGCAAUUUGCGUGAAUUACCCAUAGCGCCGUCUCACGUUAUAGAAAUGAGCGGGAGUCGCUGCUCCUCCACACCUGCCGGUCAGGUGAAGCCCAUCGUCAGCACAUCCCCGCCUUCAAGGGCUGUGGUGGCUUCCAGGAACUCACAGGGAAAAACUGAUGUGAAAGUCAAGCCAGGUAGCCCUUCGGCUCAACCUAAGGAAGAAUCAAAAACAGAACCAGAGUUUCCUGAUGAAGAUGAAGAAACAAGAUUAUAUCGCUUAAAGAUAGAAGAGCAGAAACGCCUAAGGGAAGAGAUCCUGAAGCAGAAGGAGCUGCGGAGGCAGCAGCAGGCAGGUGCUCGGAAGAAGGAGUUGUUGGAAAGACUUGCACAGCAGCAGCAGCAGCACCUCUACACCCCACAUGCCCCAGGGGAGCAGGAGGAGCAGGUGGCUGCCCCCUCCCCCACCAACGGGAACCCCCUGCUACCCUUCCCAGGUGCACAGAGCAGGCAGAAUGUGAAGACCAGACUUCUUGUGAAAAACCAAGAUGUCACUCUGCCAAGUGUUCAGCCCAAAACAUCAAACUUUGUACCAUCUGGUGCUAACAUGCAGUAUCAAGGACAGCAGACUAAACCACUGAAACAUUUGAGACAGGCCAGAAUAGUUCCUCAGAGUCAAACACCGCACCAAGUACUGCAGAUCAAACCUGCAGACAUGGAGGAGCUCCCACCCACCCCCCAGGCAGCCCGAGUGCCAUCUCUGCAGGGCCGGCCCCAGGACAUAAAGCCUGGUGUGAAGAGGACGGUAAUGCACCGAGCCAACAGUGGAGGCUGUGGCGAUGGGCCUCAUGUGAGCUCCAAGCUCAGGGUGAUUAAGUUGUCAACAGGGCAGGGAGGAGAGAGUGACGGCUUUUUCCACCUCGAGGGCCAGCCCCAGCGACUUCCUCAGCCUCCAGAAGUGAGACAACAACCUGCCCGCAAGGUGACGCUGACCAAGGGUGUCCCUCAGCAGCCCCAGCACGCCCCCGUGGGCCCCCACGUGCACUCGGCUAUUCCUCCAGGGAUCAAAAGCAUCCAAGGCAUUCACCAGGCCAAGAAGCCCAUCAUGCAUGGACGAGGCCGAGGAGUGGCAGGUCUCAUGGGCCGGGGGCGCCUAAUGCCCAACAAGCAGAACCUUCGGGUGGUGGAGUGCAAGCCGCAGCCCUGCGUGGUGUCCGUGGAGGGGCUGUCCUCAUCCACCACCGACGUCCAGCUGAAGAGCCUGCUGAUGUCAGUGGGGCCCAUCCAGAGCCUGCAGAUGCUUCCCCAGCAGCGGAAAGCCAUCGCAAAGUUCAAGGAACCAGCACACGCACUGGCAUUUCAGCAGAAGUUCCACAGGCAUAUGAUAGAUUUGUCCCACAUAAAUGUGGCCCUGAUCGUGGAGUGAGGUCUAACUGGAGAGUCUCGCCUCAUCUGCACACAUAUGAAUUUCAAGGAAGCUGCCGCUGGCAAGGACCCCAGGAGUGCAGCCUCUUCGGUCCACAGCCUGUAACUCUUACCCAAGCGGCAGCCAGCACCGGUGACUGCACAGAUCUAUCUGGGUGACAGGACAAGGCGAGCGAGAUGGGUGUGGGUUGCUUUGCAUUCCAUUACCCACAAGAACUCUGUUCUUGUUUCCGUUUGUUUCCAAGUGCUCAUGAUGCAUGUAGACCCUGUUCUCCAUGAUCCUGCUAUAUGAUUAAUCAGUGAUUCAGUCAGGAGAAAACAUUAUGCCGCAGGUUCUGAGUAUUUUUCACAGCAAAGAAUACUUGAUAAUGGUUGCACUUAUCUUCAGCGCAGGCUAGAAAGGAGUGUCUGAACUAAGCUUCACCAGAAAUGUCUCCUCUGCCCUCAAAGGCUCUGGUGAAAGUACAGUUAAAAUUGGGUGAUUAUCAAUUGACACAUGCAUAGCCUGGAAAGCCAGGUGUGAGCGGGGGUUGGGAUGGUGCCAUUCGAAGUGGCCAUUCUGCUGCUUGUAGAUAUCUCCAAAGUGCCCACUGUGCAUUCCUGGUUCUCAAGAGAACUCCCACCUGUCCAUUCUCUCCCAGGCAGGUGCAGUGCUGACAGGUACAGGAUGCCCACAGUCCCUGGGGGGCCCAGUUUCCUGCCCUGCGACCUGAGGCACUGGUGAGGGGUAGUCAGACCAGCUUGGGUUUUCUUCUUUUUAAAUGCAGCCCCAGGUGGUAUGUUUGUAGCACUGGCUCAGUGACAUGAACUAUCAUUGAUUUGAUUGCCUUUUUGCUUUGAAGGCCUUUUUGCAGGGGCUUCACCGUCCUUUAGGGACCCAAGAGCUCGCUCUGGCUCGCUGAUCUCCACACCUUUGUGUGAGGAUGACUGUCUCACAGGGAUGUCCUUUUGGUAGGUUCUAAGGGGAGACUUGCUCUUUACUCUGUGGAAAUCCGUGCUGGGCACACACUGCAAAGUGCCUUACUGUGUCUCCACCCGGGAGUUUCACUGAUAGAGUGAGUCCAGAGUGGGUCUGAGCUGUAUGACCAAGCAUGCCAGCGCACACUCGGACUUUUUAGCUGUAUGUUGUACCUGUGAUUUCACGUCACGUUAUUAGAAGAGUUGAGGGGUACAGAAGCCCCUUGUCACUUACUGCCUCUGGGUAAGCCGUCUUGAGCCUCCGUGCUCUCCAGAGCAGCCCAUAGUAGCUAAGGAGACAGGAGGGUGCUGGUAGCCUCUGCUUUCCACAGCUGCAGUUUUAUAUUACACUUUCAAAUUAAGUUACCAGUAUUAGGAACUGGAAAAGAGUAUUCAGGCUCUGUAAGUCUUUGUGUAGCACUGAUUCUGAGUUGGCAUCAUAUGCCUAGGUGGGACGCUGGGAAGUGCAGGAGGUUGUGUGGGUUCUGGGAAACUGUGGCUCUCACAGGAUGUCCUAGCAGACCCUGCCCUGGGGUCUGCCUCUGUUCCAGAAGCUGCUGCCUGGCCUAGGCAGAGCUGUCAUUGCACACUCGUGUCUAGUUAGGUACAGGUUUGUGCAUACAGGCGAAAGUGCAGUCUGCAUGGCCCAGUCCUCAAGAGUUGCAUUGAAGCAGUGAGUUUGGUAGCCUAUAAGCUCUAGUCCAGAGAGUUCCUGACUGCUUAGGAUAUGCUGGGUCAUAGGAAGCCUUAUUUUAUCAUCCAGGAUUUAGGAUACAAUAAAAUGAGUUUAACAGUUUUUUUUUUUUUUCUUUUAAACCACUUUCUCAGUCUGAGUGCUGUGCUUUUGAAACCCAGAUCUGUACCUCAUCUCUGGAAAUCAGGCAUUGAAGCGUGGAAGUUAGUGUUAAGAGAACAAAUCCUGUUGGGUGCCAUUGUUCAAGCAAGACUUCAGGGCCCCUCCAAGGUCUACCUUUGGCCUUGGCUGAGGAUGGCACAAGUUCCAGGAGCAUGUGUGUAUCUGUAUCCAUAGCCAUCUGCAUAUGUGGGCGUGUUCUUUUCCUUCAUCAGUGGAGGUGGAGGUGGCAGAGCUGUGUGUAGGACGGAGUAGGGCAGUGGAGCCGCAGGUGCAGUCCAGUUUCUCAGUGCUCACACCCUGGAGCAGCUCAGCCCUGGAUAGGCCAAUGCUGCAGGCUUUAGUGUCUGUGGAGGAACCACAGAAAAGGAAAGAAGCAGAAUUAGAGAGAAAUGUUACUUCAUUCUCAGGUGCACUUCUGGUGGGGAAGUCAGACCCCACAUGCACCUGAGCCCUGGGGAAGAUCUGCUGCAACCAUUAUCUUUGUUCUUUAUCAUGCAUUUCAGGUGAGGGGCAGGGCGUUAGCAUACUGUGUACAUACGGACCUUUUAAAAUGAACCUUUUAAAAUGACACAUUACUGGAAAUGCUAUCUACGCGACAACAACUUAGCUAUUUGUUAGUUCUUCUGUGCUGUCUUAUCAAAUUUUGAUGGAGACACUUCCUUAAUUGUUUAUGUGUUUGUGUGUAUAUCGAUUUUUAUAAAGAUGGUAGUAAGUCAAUUCAUUUAUCCUCAUCUGUGUAUUAUUUGUUCACAAAUUCAAGAAGCAUUAAGGCAGUAAAUGCAAGUAGAUCUCAGGAGGUGAAGCGGCAGGUGAUUAUGUGUAGUCAAGUAACCUCUCUUCCUUUUGCAUUGUUUAUUUUGUCUGUAAUGUAAGUUCACUCAGCUGCUGACCUGAACAUAGCUUUGCAUUACCCUUGACCUGGCCACAUUUGUUAAAUCUUAUACUGAUAUUCUUCUUGAGGAUAAAUCUCAUCUCUUCUUUCCAAAAAAAAUGUGGCAGUAGCCUGGUGUCCUGGAUAGGCAGCUUCCUGUGUAGGCCCUGCAACCACAUCUCAGCCUCGCUGGGAGGAGAGGGGAUGGGGUGGGAGUGGGCGGUGCUUUAGCCAUCAGCAUCUUAUGUCACUAACAUGCUGUGUAACGGUCCUCCAUGAACAGCUGCUUGAGUUCCCUUAAGGAGCUUUGCUGAGUUGUGACAGCGUAGGUCCUUUGCCCAGCUUUCUGCCUGGUGCUGCAGACAGAGGCUCUGCUGCUCAGGGAAGCUGGCGAGGAACUGGCGGGGAGGGCGGGCGGAGAGUGAGGGACAAUGGCCAGUAGAGGGGCUCCCUCCACAGGGACAGGAGGCACAGGUGAGGCGAAGGGGCCUUUCUCCAAGGACUGGGGUUACGAGUAUCCCUUUUUUCUUUUGGCUUUUGUUUUUUUCUGUUUGUUUUUGCCUAUUACUUCCUUUGGUUUUAUCGGGAAGGUAAACUCAGCUCACAGACAUUGGACAGAUGAUAGUUAGACAGGCCCCAGUGACUUGAUUGCACAAGUCCAUGGAGGUCUGUGUAGCGGCUGGGUGUUGCUCUUGGUCAUCCUUGAGCUCUCUCUGGUGGCUUUCCCUGUCCUGUUGCUGGAGACAGAAUGGCCAGGGACCAAGAAGCACAUCUCUGGGGCCCGUGCUAGAUGGAUGGCUCUGGGCUUCACUGCAUUACUGCUGCCCUUCUCAGGAAUCCCUGUUUAUUUUCUUCCCUUUCUACCUGUAGGGUGCAGUCCUUCACACAGCCACUGUUAGACGGAUCUGUCCGAAUCCCCUUCGGGAACCUGCAGCCGCUCCCUGCCUUGUCUACCUAGAAUGGGAGGUGGAACGUGGGGAUAUCACUGGCUGUUGAGGAGACUGCAGGAGUUGUUCUGAAAGGGAAGGGCCCGGGAGAGAAGGGCUCAGGCUCCCUCACCAUGAAGGGAGCUACAGGAGCUUAGGUCAGCUACGGGGAACUUUCCAUACUCUGUGUUUAGGGACUGUCUCGGUGUUUUCAGCUGUUUUAAAUUCUGUAAAUAAAGUGUUACUUUGACAUUUUGAACUAUGAAUGCUGCAAAGGCAUUUAGCCUUGAUUUAAUAUUUAAUCCUAAGGAUUUUAUGUAAGGUUUUUUUGCAACCUGUUUAGUUCUUGUCAUUGAAAAUGCCUAACUUCUUAGGUACAUGAGCCCAUGGUUUUGUGUACCAGAGUGAAAGCUGAUUCAUAUUGGAUCCCCAGGUAUGCCUCCUGGUGGCACACAGGUUACGUACUCACUGUGACCUGCCAUCUCUAGAGACUGUCGUACAUACCUCAACUCUUCCCGUUGUGUUUUGUAGGAAAUUUUUUAAGCAAGAUGGGCAGACAGAACAGGCGCUUGUAGUGAGAAGUUUCUCAAGUACUUGUUUUUUCCUUUUUAUUCUGACAAUCUAAAACAUAGAGGUCUUUGUGUUGUUCUCCUUGGUUUCAUUUUACUAAUUUUAAAAGGUCUGAGAAAAUGCAGGUCCUUUAGAAUGAAGCAUCCUGUAGUUUUUUAUUUGCCACAUCCCACAUAUUGGACAAGCAGACAGACAAGCUCUGGGUUAAUCCGUACUUUUUGACAGAUUAGUAUGCUCCAGAAAGGUGUCCUUUUGACUUUCUACAUGCUUUUCUCCUAAACUAAUUUUUAUUUUAAGGGCAGAUUUAGUGGGAGCUGAUUUUAAAAGACUACUUGAAUCUUUUGUGUUCUGUGCUAUUUUCUUAGCAUAUAUAUUAUUUUAAAAUAACAUGUACACUCACACAUACAGUGACGCUCUCAGCUAAGGAACAAAAUAACCACCUGUUUUUAUAAUUCUGCUUUGCUUUUCACAGGCGUGGGAUCCAGAAUCCUUUUCCUCUGUGAGGAUUUUAACUCCUAGGCUUUAAUCCCACUGUUUAAUUUGCAGGUGCAGCAGUGACAAAGCGCAGAGUCUGAUCUCUUUCCUUUUUGAGCUGGUUCUCAGCUUGUUGGGUAUGUCUGUUUUCUUCCGGCUGCUGCUGUUGUCUUGGACUGCACCUCCGUGGGGAGUGGGCGCCCCUCCUUUCUCUUCUGUUCCUCUUUGCUGGCCGACCCAUCCCCUUCUUCACACUGGACGUUCCUUUCCUACCCAAGUGCUGCCACUCCCCACUUUCCCUGCCUCUUCCUCACCCCGUCCUAUCUUCAGCCCAACAUUCAGGACUCCACUCUGGCCGAGCAGAAUGUUUUGAAUGUCUCUGUGCAGUGUUCGUGACUCACUUUCUCUAACCCUUUCCUUUGACAGGUCUCCACUCAUGAUUUAUUCCUCCAGGUCUUUGAUUGGAGAGAAUAACAUUUUGAUUGUUAUUUUGCAGUUUGGCUCUCUGUAGGAGUAUGGGGCGACCCAAAGAUGCCAGCAUCCUGCAGCUGUGGUUGGCCGUGCAUUAAUCACCCCUUCUCUGUUUUUGUCCCUCUGCCUUCGCAGGGCCUGGGGCAUGGGUCAGUGUAGUGGUAGCGCGCCUCUCGUUCUGCUUGGAAGCAAUGGCCAUGUGGCCAUGUCACUGCCCUUGCUGACUGUGGCUCUCCUAAUGCAGUGUGCGCCUCGUGGCUGCGCCUGGUGCAGCUCGGAGGUGCUUCAUGGAGCUGUGUGUGUUGGGAGUGCACUGACUGGAAACCAAGGGAUGGCUGACUUGCUCUCUUCUGGGUUUGAUCGGCUUCCUGUUUUCUGCCACUUACACUCCGUCUGCCUCUGUGGAAAUUAUGUUGCUAUGUUCUACCCCACUUCCUCUUUGCAUUAACCCCUGUGGGAACUUUCCCAGGACUAUAUGUGAAGAAUAGUAGUGGCAUAGGUGAAAAGACCAUGUGUUGUUUUGUGUGUUGUGAUGUAUCAUUUGUGUGAUUUCAUCCUGAAAGAUGUGUUUGCACUGUAUUGUAUCUUACAAGGUAUGUCAAUAAAGUCUCACAGUGUCC